AUGCAGGACGGAAAGACAAGCGUGGGCCCAUACGCUCUUGGGAAGAAGAUUGGCUCUGGCAACUUCUCCAUUGUGCGGCAGGCUACGGAUCAGAAUGGGCGCAGGUGGGCCAUUAAGAUCAUAGACAAGGCUCGUCUCAGGAAGGAGAAUAUGGAGGAACAGUUGCAGCGUGAAGUGGAGAUAAUGCGUUCGCUCAAACACGAGAAUAUUAUUUCUCUUCAUGAUGUACUGGAAACUGAUGAACACUACUACCUUGUGCUGGAGUAUGUGUCUGGAGGUGAGCUGUUCCAAAAAAUUGUAGCGGCGAAGCGCUUUGAUGAGCCGACGGCGAGAGAACAUUUCCAUCAGCUGAUUGCUGGUAUCCACUACUGCCACAGCAAGGGAUACGCCCACCGCGAUCUAAAGCCAGAGAACUUGAUGCUCGAUGCAAAUGGGGCGCUGAAGAUCACAGACUUCGGUCUUAGCGAACAACAGCAAGACAAAAUGAUGGAAACCGUGUGUGGCACGCCAAACUAUGUGGCACCUGAGGUUAUGAAGAGGCGCGGCUACAAUGGUUUCGGUGCCGAUGUAUGGAGUUGCGGUGUUGUGUUGUACGUGAUGCUUGCCGGCCGCUUGCCGUUUGAGGAUCGUGGUAUAAAAACUCUACUGGCGAAGAUUGAUCGCGGUGAGUAUCAUAUGGUGCGUCACGUGUCAGACGCAGUGAAGGAUUUAAUAUCGCGUAUGCUGACGGUGGAUCCACAACAACGCAUUACUAUUGAGGGCAUUAUUGCCCACCCAUGGUUCGCCGUGGGAUGGGACCCAAAGCGGCUACAGGAACGUGUUUAG